UUCAUCUCAAUUCACUCUCUUUCAGUUUUCUCAUAUACUUUUAUACAAACACUCUUUCUCUCUCUCUGUUUGUACAGAAAUAAAUACUCACAGAAACCCAUUGCUCUUACACUAUUUCUUCUUCAUCGUCUUCUUCUUCUUUCUUUUUUUGUUUCCAUUCAUCUUUGAUGAUCGGUUAUCACUUACCAAAAAUGGAAAAAACCCAUUUUUUCUCUCAAUUUCUCACACUCAAUCUACUUCUUCUCACUGCCAUGGCCGUGUCUGAACCAGCAACCACGACGAAAACCACAUCCAAGUACCAGAUCGAAUGCACAAUGUGCACCGCUUGCGAAAACCCAUGCGGCACGCCAACCCAAUCACCGCCACCUCCGUCUCCUCCGCCGCCUGCUUCUUCCUCCAACUGUCCUCCACCGCCUAGUUCCACCACCACGUACUACUCGCCUCCGCCUCCCUCUAACCCUAGCUCCGGCACGUACUACUACUCGCCUCCCCCUCCGGCGACCCAAGAAGGCGGCGGCGGUAACAACGGUGGAGGAGUGUAUUACUACCCACCGCCGAACAACAAGAAUUAUCCAACUCCACCGCCUCCGAACCCGAUCGUGCCCUACUUUCCAUUUUACUAUUAUAGCCCUCCGCCGCCGUCUUCAAAUAACAGUACCUUCAACUCUGCUCCGAUCAUUUCUCUUCUCAUUACUGCUACCGUUAUCUUUGUUGGUCGCUGUUUGUUUUGACGGAAAAUUUAUAUUUCCAAAAAAAUAUAUAUAAAAAAAUAGAAUAAUGUGGCAGAUUCGCAGAUCUAAAAAGAAAAUGCAAUUGGAAAAGUUGGGAAAGAGGGAAAGAAAGAAGAAGCUUUGAGGUGAAAUUACGGAAAUACCCUUGUUUAGACUACAAUGGUUUUUCAUCUGUUGCCUUACCAGAAGAAAUUUAGGAAGGGAGGGAGUUUGGCAGAUCCUAAUGUAAGCGCAUGUACUUUCUUUCUUAUUUUAUUUUUUUAGUUAUUAUUAAAGCUGUAAUUUUGAUCUGUAAUUUGUUGACAAUUUGUACGUAGUUUUAUUUUUGCAUAUCAUUAUUAAUAUGGUAAUUAUCAUAAUUAUAAUUACAAUUAAGAUAAGAAUAAAUGAAAAGUUUAGUCAUUUUUAUUA